AUGCCAUCGACCGACCGCGUCCCGAUCCAGAGCUACGCCCAGCUGCUGCUCAUCUACGUGGGCGCGCUCAUUGCUGUCGUCGUCACCUGCCCGUUUGUGGCCCUCUGCCGCCUCCUGACGUGCUACUACUGCCGCCAACCCGACCGGCAGCGCGCGACCACGUCAGCCUGCGCAUGCUGCUGCGUCUACCACGAUACUACCUGCUAA